AUGUUUAUAAAUAAUAAUUCAUGGUUAGUCUUUCUUGGUUGUUUGGUAUUUUUCGCUGCAUUAAUUCUGACAUUUAACCGUGGUCGUUUUGGUCAAGAUAUAAUUUUUGAAGGAUUAAUGUCGUGUAUAUUAUUUUUUACUUGGUCUAUCGUUGCUAUGUAUCAGCAAAAUCGUGAAGCUGGUUAUUUAGCUAUCGCAGCAUUACAAUUUUUCUUUAAUUUUAUUAUUAGAAAAGAAAAAUGGACAGAAUCAUUUGGAUUUAAAAAUGACAAAUUCAUACCUAGUGGAACUUUAUCGUCGUUCUUCUUAAUAAUGAUCGGAAGUCUUUUACAUUUCACAAGAGUAAAUUUCUUGACUAUUCCAUUUACUCGACCAUUAUUAUUCAUCGGUACAUCUGUUUAUUUCAUCGGGCUUCUUAUUUUAUCGUCUCGACUCUAUUACAAAGUACAUCGAAAUCAAGAUCUAUUCUAUUUAUUACAAAUAAUUACAUUUCUUAGUGGAUUAGCAUCAACUUUGUUUGGUCCAAUGUUUGAUAUUUCUUUUCUUCUAGGGAUAGGUGGAACGAUGUUUGUUUUAUGGUUUUUAGUAAAAUAUCUCGAAAUUGCAAAUUGGGAAACGAUGUCAUCAGGAAUUACUAGUCUAUUUGGUCUUGGAAUAUUAUUAUAUGUAUUCGCUUAUUUUCUUGCAAGAUUUUUCUCAAUUUUCCAUCGUUAA